AUGUCAAGAUCACCGCCGCCGACGCGUCGAGAUCCGCAUUGCCUUGCUUUACCUUUUAUUUGCAUCUCUUCAGCCGGUGCCCUGAUUGCCGCCUCAGCACUGUCGGCAUGCAUUUUCUCUAUUUCAUACCGUUAUGUGCACAAUGAUGAAACUCGCGGCACUAAAUACUAUGGGCUUUUCCGUUUUUGUUAUGAGCCAAACGGUGAGAUGCCGUACACAGGAGGAAUUGACUGGCCUCACAAUGAAUACUCUUGUCAUCUGAGGAGACGGGCGCCAAGCAAUAUCCCAAUUGACUACCGACAGUUCUACUCUGAUUUCGAGCUGUGUACUCUGAUCCUCAUAUCAUUGGCAAUUUUGUCGUCUUUUAUGGCUGUUGCUUUCUCGAUUUGCACUCUCUACUCACCACUUUGCUCUACUGCACACUCGCUCGUAGUUUUUAUUGCAGCAAUUUCAUCAACCGCUGGAUUCAUUGUUUACACGUACCACAACGAAUUAAAGGAAAAUCAAAUGGAAUCGACGAAUGGAGUCCUUUACAUGUAUCAUUACGGAUGGGCGUAUUAUUACACAGCGGCUUCAUCUGCAAUUUUGUUAAUUGCUUUUGUAAUCUCAUUGGUGUCUUCAGCUCUCUACUUAAGACAUCGAACUCUAUUGGAAGAAAAAAGAAUCAGUAUGUACCUG